GUACCUGCUCUUGACAGAGAACAAGAUGGCACAAGGGAUUCAACUUGAACGGGAGGCGUUCUGCUGCUCCAUUUGUCUGGACCUGCUUAAUGAUCCUGUGACUCUGGCUUGUGGGCACAGCUACUGCAAGGACUGCAUUAACAAUCACUUAGAUAGUAAGGACGAUUCGGGAAUCUACAGCUGCCCUCAGUGCAGGCAGAUCUUCCUGCUGAGGCCUGUUCUGGUUAAAAAUAGCAUGCUAACAGUUGUUGUAGAGGAGCUGAAGAAGACUGGACCCCACACCGAUGCUCCCAUUGAGGACUGCCAUGCUGGACCUGAAGAUGUGGCCUGUGACAUUUGCUCAGAGAAAAAACUGAAAGCCAUAAAAUCCUGCCUGCAUUGUUUGGCUUCGUAUUGUGAGAAACACCUCCAACCUCACAGCGACGUGCCUGCCUUGAGGAAACACAAGUUGGUGAAGGCGGCUGUGGAGCUGCAGGAGAGCGUCUGCUCUCGGCAUCAAGAGGCAAUGAGGCUGUUCUGUCUUACCGAUCAGUGCUGCAUCUGUUAUCUCUGCUCGAAGGAGGAACACAAAGACCACAACACCGUCUCAGCUGCAGCAGAAAGGACUGAGAGGCAGAGAGAGCUGGAGGCAGCUCGACAACAAAUUCAGUUGAGGAUCCAAGAGAAAGAGGAAGACGUGAGGGCUUUCCAGCAGGAAGAAGACACCUUUAAUAACUCUGCUGAUGAGGCACUCGGUAACACAGAGAAGAUCUUUACAGAACUUAUUAUUGCCUUUGAGAAAAAGCUAUCGGAGAUAAGGGAAAAGAUUCAGUCUCAGCAGAAGACUGAAGCAGGUUGGUUAAAAAAAAUCAGAGACAAAGUGGAGCAGGAGAUCACUGAGUUGAGGAGGAAAGAUGAUGAGCUGGAGAAGCUGUUGCAUACAGAGGACCACACUCAUUUUCUGUUGAAUUACCCCUCCUUGUUCAAUAUCACUGAAUCCAAAGACCAACCCAGUGUGAAGCUCCACCGUCUGCGGUACUUUGAGAAGUUUGCGGUGGCUUUGUCAGAGGCCAGAGAAAAACUACAGGAGGUUCUUCGAGAUGAAUGCACAAAGAUCUUAAUGACGGUAACUGAAGCAAAUCAUUCAGCAACGAUUCAUGAAAAGCCAGAGACUAGAGCUGACAUCCCACAGACCAGAACAGACUACUUCCAGACCACGGCCAACUUUGUAAAGACCAGAAUCUUAAAAAACAGAUGGAAUUUCUUACAGGACAGCAAUAACACUUUGGAGACUGUAGCCAACCUCAUCCAGAGACAGGAUGACCCUCCCCAGACAGAAACUCAUCGCAAUCAGACCAGAACUAACCCCUUACAGACCCCAUCUGACCUUAUGCAAUCCACAACUGGUGUUGCAAAGACUAAACAGGACUUUGUACAAAGUGGAGAUGACCCCGUACAGACCAGACCUGAUGUCUUGCUAGCUAGAGCUCACACCUUGAAAAGCAGAGCUGACAUUUUAAAGACAAGAGCUAACUUCUUACAGCACGCAUGCCUCAUCACACUCGACCCGGACACUGCAAACCCACAUCUGUUAUUAUCUAAGGAGAACAGAAAAGUUGUCUUCACGGGAGAAGAACAGAAAUAUCCUGUCCAUCCAGGACGGUUUGCAUAUUCCUGGCAGGUCCUGAGCCGAGAGAGUCUGACCGGCCGUUGCUACCUGGAGGUGGAGAGAAGUGGGAAGGGAGUUCUGGUGGCUGUCACGUACAAGGACAUCAGCAGAACCGGGACCUUCACCGAAUGCACUUUUGGACUGAACAACAAGUCCUGGGCUUUAGAUUGUUUCAAAAACAGCUACGAAUUCAGACAUAACAACAUCAAAACGUCCAUCCCAGGCAUGUGGUCCUCCAAACUAGGGGUGUACCUGGAUCACAGAGCAGGUAUUCUGUCCUUCUACAGUGUCUCUGAAACCAGGACUCUCCUCCACAGAGUCCAGACCACAUUCACUCAGCCGCUCUAUGCUGGACUCUGGUUGUCAGAUGGAGCUGCAGCUGAAGUGAGCAAACUCACCUAAGUAUAUUUAACUUUACAACCAUCAACACAGCGGACAGUAUUAUGAUACUUAAAGGUGGAAUAUGUGUGUAAAACUUGUUUGUACAACUGACACCACUUCUACUCGAUUUUCAUUUCUGAGUGACAUCUUUGCUUCAAACCUCUCUUAGUGCUUUUAGGGUUUCUGUGAUAACAGCUUUUUUUUUCUUUUAUUGAAUAAGUUUUUUCCACAUUUGUUAAAGGGAAGUAGAUAAAUAGUGGAGGUUCUUGAAAUUUUUUGGGAGGGGUUUUUAUCAUUUAUUACCAUGUGAUAUAUUAAGAAUAUUAUAAUACAGCUUUCUGCUUCUGGGUAUCUAUUAGGGGACAAAAGACAAGUAUCAGAUUGUGUUCAGCAGGAUUUUGAGCAAAAUUUAUACCAAAAAUUGAAGCAAAAUGUCUCAGAAACUGUAUGUGACAAAUAUGUCACGUUGGGCUGUUAUGGGUUAAAAAAAUAAAACUAAAAUUAUUUAGAUAUAUUUGCUAAACUUUCUAUGUUGGUGUGACUUGCUGUGCUAUGAUUUUUCUGCUUAAUGAAAGUUGUUGUGCAGGAAUUUACUAGGAAUUAUUGAUGUUAUAAUUAAUAAACUGCUACAUUUUUUAAAUGUAUUUUACCUAAUAUUUAAGUAACAUAAAAUGUGUACAAUAUUUAUUUGUCAUCUAUUCUACAAUAUAUUUCUAUAAUACACAAUUAUUCUAUAAAAACACAGCUGCAUAAUUUUUCUGUUUAUCACUCAAGCAAACUACGUAAUUACUGUAUAUAUACAUAUAUAUAUACACCAUCCACACCCAUGCAAAUACUAGAAAACAGCUUUUAAAUCUGUUUACUACAGUGGACACUAAACAGGAAAGGGUUAAAAAAAAUUGCCUUACAGAUGUUUCUCACACCUUCCUGCCACCAUGUCUUUGUUUCUGCUGCUGAAACUGGUCAGAAUUUUUUUAAACAAAACUUCCAUUACACAGUCAUCUGUCCAGACACAUCUGAAAUAUUCAUACCAAGACUUUUCUUUUCUGCUGUGUCAUCAUGUCCAGCUGCUGCAGCUUCCUUAACUGUGUCUUGCUGAUUCUCAGCAGACCAGCAGGUAGUCGUCUCCUGGAAGUGAAAGAGCCAUUUCAGCUGUGUGAUCUUUGCAUUUUACAAUUAUUCAAAAAUAGAAAAAAAAACUCUUCUGAUUUUAUUUGUUAGUCUUGUGUAAAUGUAAAUAAACUUUCUUAUGGCCCUCAUACAGUAUUAUCCUGAGAACAAAGACUUGGGAGCUUGGAAAACGGAUUGUCCAGCUUCAUUCAUGUUGUAAUUAUAAUGUAGAACAACUUUGACUGUUUCUUUAAAUGUGCUGUCUAAA